AUGCUCUAUAUCUUUCUAAGGAUUGAAGAGAGUUUGUUGAGUAUGUGCUUUGGUGACGGACCCAAGUGGAAACGUGAAGUAGUAAAAGAUCAUAAAUUUGACUAUAUCGAUAUCAACGAAUUUUAUGAUCCAUCCUGUGGAGCAAAGUCGUCUUAUAUGUUUAUGUAUAUAUUGAUGUUUAAAAGUUUUGCUGUUUAUAUUGCUGAUUUGUGGACAGCAGUGUCUUUAAUUGUCAUUGGUAAUUCAAGCAUCAAUGCAGAUGCUUCUAUUCCCCCAGAUGUUGCCAAAUGGAUUUUCUUGGGUGCCAUUAUUAUUUCUUUUGGCAUUUUGUUUUGGGAAAUCAAGAAAUCAAGAGGCAUUAUUGAUUCAAGAGAUAUUUCACUUGCCUUCUUUUCACAGAUUGCCAAUCGUUAUUAUUCCAUACGAGACUAUUCAUGCUUUUGUUUGUUUCGAGCGAUUAAUAACUCAAGAAAGAGAUGGAAAAAGAUUUUGUUGGCAGAAGCGCCGAGACAAGUGAUCAAUAUUGUAACAUUGAUCGCAAUUAUACCCAAAUGGAUUCAAAUCAACCAUGGCUUAGAAGUCUCUUAUGAAGGGUUAGGCAAAACGUAUAUACAGCGUAUAAUGACAGGCACCAUGAUUUUUUCUACUUUUAUGUUUGGCAUUUCGUUUAUUUCGUUCUGUGCUGCGGUCAUUAUUUAUUUUCCUGUUCUUUGUCAUAUUCGAGGCAACCUGAAAGAAUACUGUUGCCAUAAAGUAGAUAAAAGAAUCAAUGAAAUUCUCAAGAAACAAGCACGGGAAAGAGUAGAGAGAAACACUCAAUCUGAAAAAAGAGGACAUAAACAUCAUCACCAUAAAAAAGACGAUAUUGAGAUGCGUUCAUUUCCUCAACCUACUCUACCAAAAAUGGACCCACAGACUUUAGCACCUGGUCCUUAUUAUCACCACAGACAACAUUCAAACACAAGUCUGACAACAGGAUCACAAUACAGUUAUGGUCCAAGACGAAAUAGUUUGACCUCUGUUUAUAGUGAACAAGCAGGACUCACAUCGCAUGCACAAGGGCAGCCUUAUUCAUCCCCUUAUCAAAGCCAAACUAACUUGUCACACUAUGCACCACAGCCUCGAGGCCAUUAUUCUCCACAGCCUCGAGGCCAUUAUUCUCCACAGCCUCAAGCGCAUUAUUCACCACAACCUCAAUACCAAUCACCUUAUAACCAACAUAACCAUUAUUAA